UGGCCCCUUGGGGAGGGUGCAGGACCCUGGGGGCGAUGCCCAGCCACCCUCAGGGGGGUGCCACGCCACCCACGGGGGCUGUACCCCGCCUGCCCGCCCCUCUGCCCCCUUGGCCGCUGCGGGUGCCGAGCGGAGGUGCCAGCGCCGAGCCUGCCAAGCUGCUCUGCCUUUCUGCUCCCCGUGGACUUUGUUGGCUCCCGGGCUCUGCCCGGCUUGGCAGGCACACGGGGGCCGUGAGCACGAGGCCAAUGCCCCGGCAGGCAGCAUCCUGCCGGCCUCCCCCUGCCCUGCCGGCGUGCCGAGCGCCGCUCGCGCCAAGCGGGGUCACCCGCGGAGAGCCCCGACCCGCUGGCUCCCGCGCUGGGAGUAACGUGGUCGCCGCUUCCCCGGGCUGGGAUUUACUGUCAAGGAAACCGGGGCGAGUUGUCGAGCUGCGAUUUCGACAUUUGUUGUUGCAAAUUGCUUCAAGAUGUGCUGGAACCGUGGGCUGGCGGCCCCGGGGACUUUUCGGGUUGCUGCGUUUAGGUAGUGAAAGCAGCUGGAGGAAGAGGUGGCCGGUGCGGGGACCUCACGCCGCCCGCGUGUCCCGUGUGCCGUCGGGCUGUGCUGGCAGGCUGAGAGCCGGGGUUUAAAGGCCUGUGAAAUUACUGGCAGCUUUCGCUUUGACUUGUUUGGGACUAGAUCAGCGCCUCUGAUUUCUUUUUUAACUCGCUUGUGGUGCAAGGAGGGCUUUGUCUUCGUGCGUCCCCCCCCCCUACCCCAAGUACUGCUUUUUAUUUUUUUUCCUCCUUUGCUUUUGUAUCUUUAUUGUGUCUGAAAAGAUCCCUUUUGGUUUCGCCGGAGCCUGCGGGGCGGUGGUUGUGCCCGCACCACAUAUCGCCCCGGAGAGGUUUGUGAGGCUUUCGAGGGGCGUCGCUGCCGCUGCCCGGGGGCAAACCUCUCGCCUCCCCCCCCGGCUGCUCGAGGGAGCCCGUCGGGGCUCUUUGCUGAGGCACUGGGGCACGGCGAAGCCGUUUGGACAAAUCCCAGCAAGUGAGACGAAGCGAAAGUGCAAGAGCUGCGCGCCGGCAGGGUUUGUGGUGCUGCCAGCGCCGCUGCGGCUUGGCGAGGAGGAAGGGCCUGAUCCAGCCCUGGGACCACCGCGGCACGGAGGGGGAGAGCCUGCAGCUGCGUCUCCCACGCCUCUGUGGCAGCGAUACAUUUAAUAUCGCGACACGAAGCCCAUCAGGAGGGCAGCCCGCAGGGAGCAGCCACAGCAGUGCGAUGCGUAACGGGUGGGAGCCGCCGUGGACUGCCAGGCACAGCGGUGAUGGGUGCACGGGUCCUGCCCGGUGCUUUCCUGCGGGUCAAGUGAGCCUGGAGCUUGUGUCUGGCCUGAGCUGGGUGGCAGCUGGGGCGUCUCCAUCCCCUCUGUACCUGGGGGGUGAUCGGGGAAGCCAAACCGUCGGAUUUCCCCCAGCUUUAAAGUGCUUCGACACGGGCUGCGCUCGCAGGUGCCUGCAGUGCUGCGCAGCCCGGGCAGGAGCACGGUGUGAGUGUCUCCUGCUAGAAAGUGGGGACAGGAGAGCGAAAUCCGCCCCGCAAAGCUCCCUGCCCCUUGUGGGUUUGUCGCUGCAGUUCAGCAGAAGGGCAGUAGGUCCCGGUGACCCCAUGGGGUGGCACAGCAGUGGGCCCCACACAGGGACAGUGUGGAGCUGCUUGGGGCCGUGAUGUUGCACCGUCAGCCUCUGCCAGACCCCUGGGAAUCCCUACCACCAUGGGGCGAUGCUCCCAGCGGGGUCUGGCGUCCCCGUCCCUUCCCAAGCUGCAUUUCCAGCCCCAGGGGGGAAUUGUCCUCUGGGGCUGUGCUUGCCGCCAGCCCUGCGUGUCCCUGGCAGCAGCAUGGGCUGGGUGCUGGGACAGGCGGGGCACAGCUGCGGGUGCUGCUGUGCAGAGGGGUGCGAGUGCCAGGGCUGGAGCUCUUUUGGCUGCCGUCGAGCUGUCCCAAGAGUCCUCAGCUACGUUAUGGUGACCCUGUGUGUGUGGGUGCCCGUUUCUGGGGUGUGGUUGGGGCCCCGAAGCCCUCGUCUCCUCCCAUGGAGUCUCUUGGGUCGUGCUGCUGGGGCUUUCCGUCCCACGCCGGGGUAAAUGGGCAGUGUUUAACCACUGCUAAAACAGGUGGGAGGGAGCGGAGGCUUGGCUGAACUCGAGCUGAAAGGCAGCAAUAAAACUGCGUGGGGUGGAUGUGAGCGCGGAGCCAGGGCUGCUUCCCGUGGCUGCGCCCGGCCAAAGGACGCGGUGUGUUGUGACCCGGCUCGGAGGAGGCCCCGGGGGGUGCCGUGGAGGUGCUCUCCUCCCUUACCUCCUCCGUCCCCCCUUCCCACACCAGGGGGCUGCAUCCAGGGCCCGUCCCCACCUCUCCCCCUGCCCCAGACCUGCUUCAACCCGGGCUGCAAAGCGUCAGCGUUUCGGUGCCGUCCCCAAACAGCUGCUCCCAGCUGCGCUCUUCGCCCGGGGUCGCAUCCAGCUGCCACCCAGUGACGGGACGCAGGGUGGGACCGAGCCAGAGCCGUGUCGGGGGGACGCCCCGUGCCUCCUGGCCCUUGCAAGCCCAGCACCCUCGGGACCCGCACCCCCCGAGCCCCCCAGCCGGAUGCAGUGGCACAGAAAAGUGCCGUUCAUUGUAAGCCAGCCUUUUUACAGCCGCCCCGCGAGCGGGCUGCGGGGCCGUGCCAAGAAAGGCUGCUGCCUGGCUCAGAAUAGCUCUUUUCAUGGAGGACAUCCUGGGAAGGAACAAUGUCCCCGCUCGCGGCAUUGUGGGAACCGGGUAUUUCGGUGACUCGGGAAGCGGGGAGCUGCGGGGCCGGCCGGGGCGUUACCCAGCCCCUCCAGAAAAUCGCCCCUAGGGCGAAUUUGGAAUAGGCUCCAAAAAGGAGGCUGCCCGGGCUAAAAAUGCAGAGCUUUUCCUCUGGUCUGGGUACGGUUGUUUCGGGGUGAGCCAUGCACAAAUCAAAUUUCCUAUUGACGCUCCUGGCUCGUGUUCCCCUGGCUCAGAUGCCGGCGGCGAGGGGCUGCUUUCAUUUUCGGAUUGCUGCGCUGCCCAGCACGGGGCAAGGCGGCGUGGGCUUUGCUCCGGAAAAACGCUUUUCCUGCAGACACCGAAUUUGCCAAAAUUCUGCCUGCUGCCCCGUGGCCUGGGGCUGGUUCGUGAUGGGGCCGGAUCCUGCAGCUCUGCUGGGAUUGCCUGCUUUUGGUAAGGCCUGCCGGCCUCAAAACUGCCCCGUGGUGCAAUGAAGUAACGUGUACGCACCGAUCCUUUUGCUACCGUAAAGGAAUAAGCAGCCUUGUGCCAGAUCCAGCCCUCCCGCUGCCUCGGGGGCCGGGACCCACCGCGACACUCGCCGGGUUGGGCAAUGGGGUUGGUGGUGGAAGCGUUUUAAUUAAAUCUCCCGGGAGCGCCAGCGGCGGCGCAGCUGCAGGGCCGGAUCCUGGCGCAGGCUCGGGCUUGUCGCCGCAGCCUGCAUCAAAGCGCGCCCGCGGCCGGUCUGCCCCGUCCCGUCCUGUCACGCCUCGCCCCGUCCCAUCCUGCCGUUCCUCGAGAGACGGUGCUGGGCGCUCCUGUCCCUGCGCCCCAAAGCUGCCCAAACAGCGCCGAGCCCUUCCAGCGGCUCCAGGUGGGAGCCUUUGGACACCGCACGCCGGUGCAGUGCCCGGGGAGGGCAGGAUUCCCCAUCCAGUGCAAAGGAAAGCAGUUAGCCGUCGCAGCUUUGGCUCGGUGGUGACCUGGAGGGCACGACUGUAAAAAUGCCACGAUGCCAAAAAAAAAAAAAAACAUCCUUGGAGCUGGGUCGAAGCUGAGCGUCCAUCCUCGUCCGUCCCCGCCGGGUGGGGAUGAAGGUGGUGUCGCGAGCAGGAGGAAGCACCGGGGCUGCUUUUCCCAUCGUGGUCCCGUCUGGAAAACACCCGUCACUGCUGGAAACGGCCUCGGGCUGCUUCCCACCACGUGGCGCGGGCGAAGCCCGGCGUUCCCAGAGCAAACCUCUCCCGAAGCCGGAGCGUGAAAACUUUGGAGACGUUUCCACCUUCCCGGCAGCAUCCCGGCUGCCCGCGGGCGCUGUCCCCAGGGGCUCUGCGCUUCCCUCGGUGCCUGGGCGCCGCGGCCGGCCGAGUGGUGCCGGCGAUCCCCGGGUGCCGGAGGAAGCAGGAGCGCAGGCGGAGGGUGCUGAGUCACGGGCAGGCUGGCGGUGCUGAUAGACGGCCCCACGCAGGGGCCCCGCCGGGGGGCUCGCCUCGGCUCGGCCGCGGGCAGGCGCACGCCCGGCAGCGCCGCCGGCCCCGCGUGGCUCUUCUGAGAAGCCAGGGCUGGCCGGGGGCUGAUAACAUCUCCCCUCGCCUAGAAACUUCUGAGGACGUACUAGGAAGCCCGGCGGGUCGGCAGAGAUAGAGGCUCGCGUUCCCAGCGCAGCGCGGCGUUAUCGCCUCCCCGUCUGCAAACCAGAUCCGCCGCGCUGCUGCUGUCCAAAUCUCCCCGCUCGCUUCCUCCCGGCCCCUUGCGUUUUUAUUUUAUUUUAUUAUUUUUCCUCCCCCCACCCCCCACCCCGCCCCAAGAAAUGCAAUCACUUUUCCUCCCCUUCUAGCAGCUCGGGCGCUGCUGCGUGGCAGGGAGGCCGCCGAGACCGUCCUGCCCCGUCCCGGCAGGAUGCGGGCGGGCUGGAGGAUGUUUCCUGCCUGAGCAGAAUGCACGGCCCCGAUAAAUGCCGCGUGCCAGCUCAAGCGCGGCCGCCUCGCUGGAGCCACGGCAAUGAAUGGGCACGCUCUGCCGGCCGGCACGCCAGCGCAUCCCCGGGGCUGGCAUGAGUUCUGCGAGCUGCACGCCAUCAGCACCGCCAAGGAGCUGGCGCGCCACUACCUGCGCUUCGCCACCGAGCACCCGCACCAUGACCUGCUGGCCGCCGAGAACUUCUCGGUGCACUUCACCGACCUCUUCCAGCAGUACUUCUGCAACGAGGUGAAGGAGGGCUUCGCCAUGAGCCAGCUCCGCAUCCUGCCCGCCGGCCCGGCGCGGGAUUACCGGGAGACGCAGCGGCGGCACACGGACGCCUCCCUGGGCACGGUGGCCACCAAAGCCGAGGCGGAGCUGGCCGCUCGCCCCGAGCAGCCCGGCCGAGCCCCCGAGGCGGCCCCCACGGGGCUGCGCAAGUCGUGGAGCUCGGAGGAGCUGGCGGGGCCGGCGCGGAGACCCUUCUCGCUCAGCCAGCUGCGCCGGAGCUGGCGCAGCCUCUUCCGACGCCGGUCCUCGGAUGCCCUCCCGGCGGAGGCCGACGGGGAGGCGGCGGAGGCCGCUCUCAAGCCGGGACUGAGCAAGCGCAUCCUGCCCUGGGGGCUGUCGCGGGAGCAGCCCCCCGAGGUGCGCAAGGAGGGGUUGCUCAAGUACGGGCUGCUGGACGAGAGCUCGCUGGACAGCGGGACGCGCUGGCAGCGCUGCCGCCUGGUGCUGCGCAGAGCGGGGACGCCCGACAGCGAGGAGUACGUCCUGGAGCUCUUCGACCCACCCAAGGGCUCCAAGCCGAAGCUCCACGCCGCCUGCUCCGCCGUCCAGGAGGUGCGGAGGUGCACGCGCCUCGAGAUGCCCGACAACCUCCACACCUUCGUCCUCAAGGUGACCAAUGCCACCGAUGUGCUGUUCGAGGCGGGGGACGAGCAGCAGCUCAGCUCCUGGACGGCCGAGAUCCGGGAAUGCGCGCACAGGGGGUCGGACGCGGGCGACCCCGAGCUCCUGGCGUGCCGGCACCCCGACCCCGCGGCCACCAGCCCCACCACCAGCACCGACUCCCCCAACCAAGGGGCGACGCCGGGGGGGCCGGUGGAGGCGGCGGGGCCGAAGAUGGAGCAGUUCCUGUCCUCCUGCCCCUGGUUCCACGGGCCCAUCUCCCGCAUGAAGGCGGCUCAGCUGGUGCAGCUGGGGGGGCUGGAGGGCCACGGCGUCUUCCUGGUGCGGCAGAGCGAGACGCGCCGCGGCGAGUACGUGCUCACCUUCAACUUCCAGGGCAGAGCAAAGCAAGGGAGCCGGUGGCAGGGUAACGGGUCCGUGCUCCUCCCCGCAGCACCUGCGGCUGUCGCUGACGGAGCGGGGCCAGUGCCGCGUUCAGCACCUGCGCUUCUCCUCCAUCGUGGAGAUGCUGCACCACUUCCACCGCUUCCCCAUCCCGCUGGAGUGCGGGGCCACCUGCGACGUCCGGCUCUCCAGCUACGUCGUCGUCCUGCCCCAGCCGCCAGCUCCCGGCUCCGGCACCGCAGUCCCCGUCCCGCUGCCCGUCCCCGGCUGGAGCCCCGAAUUCAGCCUGACCCCCGCCGCCGCCGCCACCACCACCUCCUCCUCCUGCCCCCGCGGCCCCGCCGAGCCCCCUCCGGAGCAGAUCUUCCACCUGGUGCCACCGCCGGCGGAGCUGGCGCAGAGCCUGCGGCACAGCGGGGCGGCCGCGGCCCCCGGCGCUCGGCCCCGCGAGUCGGACUACGAGGUGGAAGCCCCGGGCCGGGGCCACGUGCGUGCCAUCGACAACCAGUACACGCCGCUCUGACGGGCCCCGGGGACGCACUUUUGGGUGGAGAAGAAGUCCUGGAGCCCCUCUGGGAGUCCCAGCGAGAAUGUAACUAUUUUCUUCCUUCUGGUUAGGGAUUGUUAUUUUUUUAUUUUGCAAGGAAGGGAGUCAUUUUUCACUCCAGUACGGGUGUGCUCCCUCUCUUCGGCCUGUUAAAGGGCCUUUUUUUUUUUUUUUUUUUUUGGGUAUUAUUAGAGCUUUCUCGUUACUGUUUACACACACCGCUCCUGCCUGCAUUCCCAGCUGCGUGGCCGGCACGGGGGGCACUGCACAGCCGGGCUCCGUCCCCUCCUCUCCUCGGCACCACGGCGCCCAGAGGAGGAACCGGGGUCUCGCGUCGCACCCGCAUCGUUGGAGCAAACAGAAAAAAGAAACAAAAAAAAAGGAAAAAGAGGAUUAUAAAUUCUUUGACACGUUGCUGCUUCGGGCUGCACACAGGCGACGAAGAGCCACUUCCUCCCGCCCCAGGAUGCGCUGCCGCUGCACAAAGCUGCCAGCAAGCCCCGAGCUGCCAGAGCCGAGCUUCGGGUCGUGCAAAGCCGCUAGAGGAGUUUAUUCUUUAUUUUAGAUAAGGCAAAAACUGGCUUUUCUUGCUCCUUUUUUUUUUUAAAAAAAAAAACAAAACAAAACCUAGCACAGUUGCAGUCACUCCCUGCACCAGCCGGGGAACUACUUACCCCGUUAGCUUUGUUAAUUAAGACGUGAACACUAACACCGCUCCACCGUUAAUAACGCAAACAGCCGAGGACUAACGCGGAGGCUGACAGGGGAAAAAAAAAAAAAAAAGAAAUCCCCCCCGGCGACGGAAGCGUUUCCAGCAUAAAUCCCAAGGGAGUUUCCCCACCUUUCCUCCUUUACCUCGCCGGUGCCGGCGGCUGCCCCCCCCCCCGCUCUCGGCUUUUCCCCCAUGCCCCGGGGGAUGCCGCUGUGGCCACCUAUGCAACGGGGCCCCUCGCGGGCUUGGGGGGGGGGGGUCCAGGCUGAGCCCCCCCCAGUCCUGCAGUGGCGGGGGGCCACGCACCCCGAUGUGCCUUACAAGAGGAGGAUGAGGAUGGUUUGGCGAUCCUACAGCUGCAGUGACAAAUACAGCAGGCACUUUACCCUCGCUGCCUUCGUGCGUUUUUCCCUAGGGGCGCUGGGCGAGUGUGAUCCGCCCCCCCUCCCCCCCCCCCCCCCGGGGGUGCUCGCUGCCCCCGUGCCAUUUUACCUGCCGGUGCCUCGGGAGAGGAACCACUUCUUCGAAUCCGCCGCUAUUUUAAGAAUAAGGAAGGGGCCGGAGCCGUUGCGACACUCGUGAGGGGAUGUUGGCAGCGCUCAACUUCCAGAUUUCUCAGCGCCCGGCACUCCCCGGGAUUUCUAACGCAGAGUUGGCCUUGAGAUCACGUUGCAGGAAAGCCCUUUUUUUUUUUUUUUUUUUUUUUUUUUUUUUUUGGUUCCCCCCCUCGCACACUUGAAAUUGCCUGAGAGGUGGGAGCCGCCAGGAGCAUUAAUUUGGGAUCUGAUUUGGAAGGAAACAACAACAAAGCCUCGUGGGCCCAAGUCAGGGAGUCGUUGCACAAAGCCGGCCCCGACGCCGCGACUUGAGGCCGCCCGCCGUGCCAGAGCAAGGGGCCGGAGCUCUGCCCAAGGCCAGGAGCCCGAGGGCGAGAGAAUUGCUCUGUUUCGCUGCCAGAGGGCAGGUGGAGCUGGGUGGGAGCCCAAACCUCGGCUCCGAAACAUCCCAGGGCCAAGCAGCUCCAGGCACGAGGGCAAAUCGGUCUCCGUAAGCGAGUGAUGUGCGCAGGCAAAGGGCUGGGAGACUGGAUACGGCGUCUUGAGAGCAUGUUUGGGAUUUCUUGCCUCCCCUCUCCUCCGCCUCUGCCCUCUCCCGUUCUCCAGUUUGUGCACGCCAGGCACACGAAGCCUCCCCCCCUCCUGCCCCGGGGAUGGUGCUGAGCUGCGCUCCUGCACCAUCGCAGCCAGUCCCGAAACCGGGGCGUUUCAGAGAAAAUCGCCCUGGACGGUGUCGCCUCCAGGGCUGCCAAACCCGGAGAGGCUGCAGGGGAAACAAAGCAGCCCCUGUGCUCCGCUAGGGCUUCUCACCCGUAUCCGCAGCUCUUUUUUCCCUCCCCGAAGCCGCACAAAGGCUGCAGGCGUUAGCAGGGUCCCUCUGCACCGAAACGCAGGAGCGUGCGGACCGGGCUGGCUUCUGCCAGGCAAGUCAGGGCUCUUCGUGGCUAAUGUGGAGCAGGGGAAGGGGGAAAGCGCAGCACAGGUUCUAGCCCUGUUGGUGCAUCGUUCCCAGAUUGCUUUAACUUGGGGGUGGGGAAGGAGGCUCCUUAGCAAAGCUCUGCAAGCCUAACAAAACACUUGCUACAUCACCAGGCAGCCACGUUAAACGCGGCUUUCCCCAAAAGAUGAGGUAGUGGCACCCGAAUCGCCCCAAGAUCGGAGCAUCCGCAACGGGGAGAGGGGCGGGAAAAGGGAUUGCUAUUCACAGCCCCUGCCAGAUAGAUCAGGUGCCGCUGUCAGGCCGGGUUGGCAUGCCGAGCCGCGUUGUUCGAGCGCCAGCAGCUCACCGCGCACGCACGUGGUGUUUUGAACCUGCCAAUUAAACAACUGCAAAGGUUGUUUUUUUUUUUCCCGUAGCUUACAUGGAAAUCGCUGUGCUUGAUGAGUAACGUGUACAUCGGGUUCGUUACCAGCCGGCAUCCCCUUUCCCUGUGCAAACAAACUCCGGCGGACGUGACCUCCAGCAGGAGGUGGCUCUGAGUAUUUCACGAGGUUGCUGCUGCUGGCACCCCCCCAGGGGCACUUCCACCUCCCCGCUCCUUUCACACGGGCUUAGAGAAGGUUUCCGUCCUUCUAGUAACUUGAGGAAAGAGCUUAGGACUUGGCGGGCUCAGCUCCCUGCCCCCUGCAGGCUUUUGGCGCAUUUAUGAAGUCCUGAGGCUCGGCAGCCGCAGCUCCGUCUCCUGCUGAGCCCCCAGGGAGAGCGGCAGCCCCCUGCGCCGAUCUCCAGAUGCACAGCUCGCGCCUUGCCCUGGGGAUGUGCAGCACGAGUUGGGGUCCAACGCAGCAAGCUCUGGAGAGGGCUGAGGGCAGGGGGGGUGUUCCAGCUGCUCAGGACACCGCGUUUGGCCACAGGGACGGGGCAGUGCCUUCGCUGUGUGACCAGCACGGCAGGGAGCAGGGCUAGCACCUAACCCAACUCGCUAAAUCUUAGGUCCAGGCAGAACUUCUGCCCCUCAGCUCCAUCUUCGGCUUCAGAAACCACUUGGUGCUUGCUGACAGCCGCUUCCCAUCGGAGGCUUCUGCACGUCCUUGUGCUUGACAGGCUCAGAAGAUGCCCGUGAUUUCAGCAGGAUUUAAUCUCUUCCUUCCCCGCCUCUUGCUGCAUCGCGCCAGCCCGGGGCCCAGCAAUGCAGAGCAGGUUACCAAACACUGACGCCGCUGUUGCCUCACGGAUCGUUUUUGCAUCAAAACUAUUUUGUGGCAAAGCUUCUAGAGGAGGUCCAGGGCCAGGGGGAGGCCGAAGCCACCCCCAGGAGCAGAUGCCAGCAGCCCAGCCCGUGCCAAAGUGACACCGAGCUGCCUUCUCCUUCCUCGCCUUCUUCGGACCACACAACACUGCCAUCGUACGACCCACGCAGUUUUACUCUAACAAGCAUAUAAAACCUUGAAAUCUUGACUAACAGGUUUGAGUACAGUAUUCCGAAUUUUAAUUUAAGCUCGUUCGAUCGGAACAGACCACAACCUUCACCAGCACCGACCCCGGGCGGGGGAGCCGACUGUGCACUCUCCACCUCAGCCUUCAGCAGGAUGAUUUAAAGCCAACAGGGUUGUUGGGCGAAAAGUGCAUUGAUUUGAAAGUUCUACUUCUCACCUGCACAGAAGAGUUCUUCUUGUAUAGUAGAUUUUCUAUAUAUUGUUUCUGUAUGUACUGUACAAGUAACUUAUUCUUGAAUAAUGCAAAUUUACCAUAAUAUAAAAAAAAAUCUGCUCCUAAUAAACUGUUUUUAGAA